CGAUUGUGUUGUCUCAUGGAGGACGCAGUGCAUCCGCUGUCGCUGCGGCUGGAUCGGCAUCCUCUCGAUAUAUUUACAUGUCUUUGGCUCAAGAACACCCGCACGAAACCCCACGCCUUAUGCAUCCCCGACACGAUCUUGCUGGACCGCGGAGUCCUCGUCCACUGGUACUUCACGUCCAAGACCGGCGAGUUGCUUCGCCGCAAGAAGGACAAAACUACAAAGCCCAAUCUGCUUCGCUUCUUUCGCGACACCGCCCCGGGGCCCAUCGCCGCCGUCUACGUGUAUUUGGUCACGUCCUCCGAAUCCCCCGAGCCGCGGACUCUUGUGGUCGACCAUCUGACUCUCGCGGGUGUAGAGGACCUGCUCAACAGCCCCAUGUCGUCCACCCACGGCAUGCUGCAGAAAUUCGUCCCCCCCAAGUCGUGCUACAACAACAUGGUGCAGACCGUAUUUGCCCACGACACAUGUCACGCCGCCGUGCGCUGCUCGAACCCCCACAUGUUUGUCAAUGGACUCAUCCCCCUUGAGCUCCGCGCGGUCACGUUUGAACGCCCAACAACCAGCACUCACAAAGCGAUAGCCAACCCCGCAACGCUACAGACCCUCACGGCCCUGAAUCGGGACAUCGUACAUCACGUGGCCGCCACCGUGGGCAUGACUAUUGUGCGCCAAGUGCUGCACUUCAAAAUGGGCGCCGACGACAAACUGUACUUUCUAUGGCCAUCGUUGGUCGUGUUUGAAAACCAAGAAGCCAUCGUGCCGUGCCAACUGGUCACCCCCAGUCGCUUGGAGCAUUUGGUCAUGGCGGCACCCCCGCCAUUGGACGUAGCCGCGCCGCGCAUUUGUCCAGCAUGUGGAAAUCCCCACCGCGAACGAAGUGGGGCACCUGGUACCUCGGCCACGUUUCUCGUAACAUUCAAGGCCAUUGUGGCAGCGCAUCGUUAUACGGCGUCCAUGACUCAGAGCCCCACUCAGAAUCAGAACAAUCAGAACCCAACUCAGAAUCAGAAUCAGACGGGUCUGCCAGUGCCUGGCGUCAUUCGAGCCUCGUACGGACCGAUAAGUGACGACAAGUUCAAUACGCUGGUGAAAGAAUCGUCGUUUCUAUACCGAACCGUGCAAGUAUGUGAAGCGUGUUGCAAAGAGAUUAACACCAAAGCCAUCGCUCACGUCAACGCUGCCCGCCCAUUAUCCAUUCAAGCCACCAGUUCCACCACAAAGCCGAGACCGUUCAGCCAAAGCACGCGGUGGCGGAGCUGGAAAGACCCGCGACAUCUCGCGACAGCGGCCCUUGGCCCCAAGAAACCCCAAUCCGCGCGCCAACUCUUUCGAAAACCAGAGCUUCAUGUUACACCUAUUGCAAUCGUUCCAGCCUCACCUGCCACCCCCAGCGGUCGUAAAUCGCUGGCCGGACCAAGUCUCGAGCUCGUUCGUCGGUCGGAUGAAAUCUCUGACAACCAGAAACAACACGCCUCCGACAAAGUCGAGUUUGUGUCCAAGCCCCGGCCAGUGUCGGCUGCCUCGACGCUCGUCCCAUCCCGCCCCCGUGUAUCCAUUGCAUCAACGACCUCGUCACUGCUUGCCCCCAAGAAGCGUCAACCGAGCUCCAACUUUGCGACAGCCUUGGCCUCUCUCCGAGCAGCCUUCCGAGCCAGCACCCCCAAGCACACCCCGUCGCUGAGAAGCCUGCUCGUCCACCACGGGCUGGAGCCGCAACACCCCACCCUCUCCGUCCACGAGCUAUUCACGUUAUGCUACAACGCCAACACCCCCAUCAACCUCAACGACAUCAGGGCCGUGGCUGCAUUCACCGACCCCCGAGACAAUGCGGACGCGAUCGACAUUGACGCGUUGGAUGCGAUGCUGCUGCACACCCCCGCCGCUCCCCCUACCACGGAACAACCAACCGCCGGAAUUCCAACAAUGCUGAGGCCAAAAUCAUGUGUCUCCAAGCCCACCCAGUCCACUAAACAUCAACUCAUGCCACGACCCACCAUAACCCCCAAACCCCCGACGCACCCCGCAGAAUUGCGAGGAUCGGGUGGGUCGUUUCAGGCACCUGCCCGAUCGUUGGUUCCGUCCAGACCGCCGGAACCUUUGCCAACUGCCAAAGGCGACUCAACGUCCCCUGAAGACAUCGACUUAACCGACGAAGAAGCUGCGUGUUUAUAUCAUGUAUUAUUACAAGGAACUUGA